AUGGAAAUAUACGUCAUCGUUGGCAUGGGCGUGUUGAUAUACGCGCUGGUCACCAUCCUGUUGAACUGUGAGUGCUGGAAUCCCGACAACCAGAAGUGUCAGUGCGAGGAGUGCAAGAGCCUCUUCCAAGGCGCGGUGACGCCUUCCGUGCUAUCCGUGUCGUCGCGCAUUGACCGGGAUGGACCCGCUGGCGCGGCUAAUGGACAGCACGCCGCUGCCGGCGUGCUGGGAGCCACGAGAGACGCGCGCCCGCGCGGCACCCUUGUCCACGCCAGCCUCGCCGCCGCGCCUGCGCUCGGCGAUAAGAAAACAGAGCACCUCACUGGCACCUUCUGCCUCACCGGCGACACUAUGGAAGGCAUCAUCCAGUGCCUCGUGUUCCUCAAAGCGUUUUCG